CUUUGCUACCUUAUCUAUUCAACACAUGAAUCAAGUUUGAGAUAUUAAUGCUAUAGGAUUACAUCUCUCAAAAAUCUCAACAAAAAAUCUUCAUAGAACUCAAGGCAUCAACAUGCAGGCAUCUUUGAGCUUUUCCCCAUCAUUUCUCUCCAUUGUUACACCGUCCAAAACCUUGGCUUUGCCAGGCAGAGUCAUGCCAAGACAGCAGACUUCCCUGUGUCCCUCCAUCAAAGCAACUCCUGUGUCCGAUUCUUCAACAGUUGACUAUAGUUCCAUGACCUCUGUAUUUCCCGCUGAGGCUUGCGAGACAAUUGGAGGGGAUGCAUGUGAUGCUGAAAUGUAUCCUGAGGUCAAGCUCAAACCUGAGAUCCCGAGCAGCAAGGCGGAGACUAGUUCAGAGUCGAUAGACAGAGACUAUCUAGACUACAGCAGUCCAAAGACUGUGUUUCCAGGAGAGGCUUGUGAUGACCUUGGUGGAGAAUUCUGCGAACCCAAGUAUCAGGAAGGAGUUUACUAGAACAACUUAUGGAUGACUUAAUAAUUUCUUCUGUUUCUUAUGUAAAUAGCCAUGGAUUGGUAAUGUGUGCUUAUAUGAUGAACUAAGCUUUAAAUUCAACUAUGAAGUAUUUGCAAAA